UCUUGCUACCCGUACUAAGCUGACAUCUGUACUGUAGUCAGUUGUAUCUGGUGUUGACUCGUGUUGCUUACAGGCACAGUUUUUCCUCUAAAACACUGCACAAUGGCUUUUCAGUGUCAACGGGACUGCUAUGUGAAAGAGUUUGUUACCUCUGUAGUGUCCUGCAGCCCAGCUGAAUUAAAGCACGAAGUCAAUGGAAAGAAAGAAACUCUCAAGGGGUUCAAUGUCAAGCUCCAAGACACCAUCUUGUUUCCCGAGGGAGGUGGACAACCAGACGACCACGGGCUGAUCAGAGAUGUCCCAGUUUUGAGGGUGACAAGGCAGGGACCAGAAGCCGUACACUUUGUGAGUUCACCCCUGGAGGUGGGUCAGGAGGUGCAGGUGAAGGUGGACUGGGAGAGGAGGUUUGAUCACAUGCAGCAACACUCAGGUCAACAUUUGAUCACAGCACUGGCAGACACAAUGUUUGGAUACAAGACCACAUCUUGGGACCUGGGGCGUCAGAGAAGCACCAUUGAGCUGGACAUUCCCUGUGUGAAGCCUGCUCAGCUCCAGGCCCUGGAGGAAGCCAUUAAUGAGAGGAUCAGAGCUCAUGUUCCUGUCACUGUUCAGCUUCUCUCUAUAGAUGACCCUGCAGUGGAAAAGGUGAGGAGUCGAGGGCUGCCAGAGGACCAUGCAGGGCCGAUUCGGAUCAUUGAUAUUGAGGGCGUCGAUGCCAACAUGUGCUGUGGGACCCAUGUGUCUAACCUCAGUCACUUACAGGUAAUAAAGCUUCUGGGAACUGAGAAAGGAAAGAAAAACAAAACCAACCUGAUCUUCCUAGCAGGAAACAGGGUACUGAAGUACGCAGAGAAAAGCUACAGCACAGAGCGCUCACUGGUGUCUCUUCUGAAAACGGGCCCUGAUGAGCAUGUUGAGGCAGUUGACAAGCUGCAGAAGUCUGUUAAACUUCUACAGAAAACUAACCUGAGCCUGCUACGAGACAUGGCUGUCCUCAUCGCGCAGAACUUUAAGAACAAUCCCCAGAGAAGCAACUUCUUCAGCUUGCACAAAAAAGAGGGUGACAACGAGUUCAUGAAUAUCAUUGCCAAUGAAAUAAACACAGAGGAAACUUUGGUUUUCCUCACUGUUGGAGAAGAAAAGGGACCUGGUUUGUUUCUACUGGCUGGACCCAGUGGACCAGUGGCUGAGACAGGACCACAGGUGUUAGAUAUGCUCCAAGGGAAGGGGGCAGGGAAGAACGGACGUUUCCAGGGCAAAGCCAACAGCCUGGCUCGGAGAGGAGAGGUGGAGGCGUUCCUGCAGCGGCACUGCAAACAUCACACCUCAGAGGAAGAAUAAACUCAGCAACAGCUCAGUACUAAUAUUUUAUAUUUGCUAAAGGAAACGAUACGUUUAGAAACCAAUGAGGACUUGAGGUCUUAAAUAUCCAUAUUUUGUGGUAAACACUAAAGAACAUGUAAGAAAUAAAUUGUUCAUAUGAACAUGUAUAUAAAUAGACUUUGGUACAUGUGCUGUACAUAUCUGAAUGUUAAAUGUCAUGUACUGUUUUUAUUAAUCGAAAACAUCCAGUUAAACCUUUUUUCAUCAUAGUUUCACUCAUUUUUUCCCUGUUUUUUUAUUUUACACAUAUGAACUAAAUUACUGUAAGUGCCUGGCUCAAGGGCACAACAACCUGCCAUUUAGACACACAAUGAAAAAUUCUUAAUAAAAAUCACCCUUUCAGAGUCAUGCUGCUCAUACUGCGCUUUCAGACACAUUUUCCCCAUUGAUAAACAGACACCUGUUUCUUGAAUAUUGUUUAAUAUAUUAUACAUAUUAUGUAUUAAGACAAAAGACAGACAGACUGUUGGUAACUUAAAAUCCUCCUGUGGUUGUAUUUGGCAGGAUUACACAGUGAUAAAGAAGGAAACCCUUGUACAUUGUAACACUAACUGAUUGAACUGUCAAAUAAUAUAGUGAAACUGUAGUUGUGUCACCUCACUUCCAUACAGUGUGCAUAAAUAUUACAAACAUCUUACAUUAUUGUGCAAUCCAGUACAACAUAACCACUAAAUACCAUUAAAAACUGAAUCAAUACUUUUUGCCCACAGUGUCCCUAACAAAUAAAACUUGUGAUAUCAGA